GGAAUAUCUGAACGAGGGAAAAGCGCAAGAACAUCAGACGUUAUUCUUCUCACGUCGCUGCACAUGCACCUACACGCACACACCGACACACGCGCACACAGGCUUUGGCUUGUUAUGGGCUUAUUAAAAUGUUCACAGCGGAUUCAGCACAUACCAGAGAAGAACAUUCAGAGAGCGAGAGAGAGAGAGAGAGAGAGCGAGAGAGCACAAGAAGAGACUUUCAUUCCCACACUGUACUAACACGAGGAACUGUGCAGGAUAUUCUGAAGGGUAAAGUUUGGAACGCUUCUGCACUGAAUACCUGUCUCUGCUUCAGACAUGUUUCAACAUAUUGCACCCUAUCUUCCUGGAGAAAGGACCUGAUUACACACCUGGAGGGAAUACAGCGUUACCUGCUGCAGUUUGCAGAAAUGGCAGAGGAAGAGGGCGCACCACAGCCACCGCCAGCCGAGUCGCUCUGUCUGGCCUCGGUCACGCAGCCCUACCCCCGUUCUCCGAAAACACUCCGUAAACCCGACGCCGCCCCGCUCGAAUACUCACAGGAACAGCUGUCCUGCUGGCUGGAGGAGCUGGAGAAGGAGAGCAAGUGGACCGAAGCUCAUAUGGCGUCUCUGAAAAAGCGCCAAGCCAACCUCAGCGUAAGGGCUAAGCGAAUCGUUUUAAAGACGAGCGCGGAGACGAUGGAGCAGCAGGUGCGCGAGCGAUUCGAGGCCGUGCGUCUGGCCCUGGAGAAGGAAGAACAGGCCGUCCUGGGCUCGCUAGAACAAGAGCAGAGGGAGAACAGCAGCAGAAUGACGCGUCUCCUGAACGACUGGAACCAGCACCUGAAACUGGUGCGCAAACACAUCAGCACCGUCAGGACGCUGCAGGAGAGAGGAGCCGAGAGCCGGCAGCAGGUCUCUCCUGGAAAUUUCAGCUGCCAUAAGAAGCAGGACGCGGCUGAACUGGCCAUCGGGCCGAACGACGAAAACUUCCAGAAGCUCAUGAAGGUUCUGGGGAAGAUCUCAAAAGAUCUGCAAGUCCGACUCCAGAAAAAGAGCUUGCUGCUCGACUCCACUGUGGUGGUGAUUGACAGGACAGCCUGCCACAGACAGAUCAAGGUGACUCUGAGUGGGCGGGGCUUUUACGUCUCUCCUGACGACAGCUCGGCUCUUAUCCACCCUCUGCAGUUCGAUCAGACCUGCUGUGCCCUGGGCUUGCCCGCUAUAAGUUCGGGUCGGCGUUACUGGGAAGUGGACGUUCACUGUUGCUCUUCCUGGGCUGUGGGCGUGGCUUACGGCAGCCUGCACAGGAAAGGGCAGGACAAAAGCACAAAACUGGGCAGGAACAGACUCUCGUGGAGUCUGGAGUUUCGGGACGGGCGUCUCUCGGUGUGGCACAACGACCGGCACUUGACCCUGUCCGCUCGGGCGGCGCCAGACAAAGUGGGCGUGUUUGUGAACUACCAGAAGGGACGCGUCGCGUUCUACGACGCAGACGCCGUGAAGCUGCUGCAGGAUUUCUCAACGAGCUGCACGGGCGUGUUCGAGAGGGCGCAUCAUCAGUUCACCGAGCCCGUGUUCCCCGCGUUUCGCUUUUUCAGAGCCAGAGAUCGACAGCCUGUUCCAGAUCACAUGGAGAUCUGUGACCUCGGGCUCUGACGCGCGAGUCUGCGGCAAUACUGAAACGCACACGGACCCCGUCCUGCAGCUUUGAGUCUUCUUCCCGCUCUGGCUUUAUAUUCUAUGCUACAUUUUAAUGCAACAAAUACUCCAGAAACAUAGCACUGCACUUUAAGUCAGUGUGGAUGACUUAAUCAUGAGUUGACAAAAUAAACAUGCUAUUAAAUUUGGAUGAAAAGUAAUUUACGCUUUGAACAGAAAAGAAAAACGACGGC